CCGGCCCCUUGCUUUUGCUUUUUGCCGCCGCCCCUUUCUCCCUAAAGUCCUAGAAUAAAGUUCGGGGGCGGCAAAAAAGGAGCGGACUUUUUUUGCUUUCGCUCAGAGAGAGUGGACGCCGCCAUGGCUUCGGCUGAACUGGCCGCCAAGCUGCAGCGCCGGCUCUUGCGGGACGGGAGCACCUCGGAGCCCGAGCCGCCGCCUUCUCCUACUUCUCCCACUGGGAACGGGGGUCUGGCUGGCGAAGCCCCCCGAGAAGAGGAGGAUAUGGACGAGCGCGGCGUGCUGAGCGCCGACGCCGACCCGGAGCUGAGCGCCAAACUCAACCGGCGGCAGGACAUCAACGCCGGGGCGGCGCGCCCCCGCCUCGCCCAGGUCUUCAACCCCUACACGGAGUUCAAGGAGUUCUCCCGGAGGCAGAUCAAGGACAUGGAGCGCAUGUUCCGCCUGUAUGACUCCGGGAAGGAUGGUUACAUUGACCUUAUGGAAUUGAAGUUGAUGAUGGAGAAGCUUGGUGCACCUCAAACUCAUCUGGGUCUGAAGAACAUGAUCAAGGAAGUGGAUGAGGACUUUGAUGGCAAACUCAGUUUCCGUGAGUUUUUACUCAUUUUCCACAAAGCUGGAGCUGGAGAGCUUGAAGAAGACAGUGGCUUGAUGGCUUUGGCAAAGCUCUCUGAAAUAGAUGUUGUCCUUGAAGGGGUAAAAGGAGCCAAGAAUUUCUUUGAAGCAAAGGUUCAAGCUUUGUCUUGUGCCAGCAAGUUUGAAGCAGAGAUAAAAGCAGAGCAAGAUGAGCGAAAACGUGAGGAAGAGGAAAGAAAGCACCGCAGAGCAGCGUUCCGAGAACUCAAGUCAGCAUUCAGUCAGUAAACAGAGCAACCUAUCUGUUACUGGAGACUGGAGUACAUUCUUAAAAACCUUGGCUUUGGUGAGCCAUUCACCUGCAGAAGAAACAAAACAGAUUUGAUUCUAUAUGACUUAUUUUUAAAAAAGAACUUCCUAAUUAGAAGCUGGAGUAUAUGCCAUGUAUUAUGAUUGAUGCAAAUGCUAAAGAGCGGUCAAGGGGACAUUUUCACUCUAGUGGGCAUUGCCUUGAGGAAUUAAAAUUCCCUAAUUUAAAACAUACAGAGAAUAUUGGGGCAAUUGAUAAGUAACAAUAAUGCCGACCAAUUGCGUUUUGUGGUUAGAUUUUUUUUUUGUCAUUCUGAAUGCCUUUGUCUUGUAGCGUUAUAAUUUUUCUUUAGCGUUCCAUGCUCAUUACCUCUUUGGAUCUUUCUGAUUUUCAUAAAACUAAUUUCUUGCUUCCCAAUAAACAGGGUAUUCCUUUGGGUACACAUUAUAGUUUUUUUCAUGCACAAAUAAAUGCCCUAUUGGCUAAUUACUCUCUUUGUUCUUCUUACCUAGAAAAUAGAUUUCUAGGCCAUCCCCAGCAAUUGAUCACUUAGUCGAUAUUGGCAAUACAUGAGUGGCAGACACUUGCUUUCAUGCAAGCAAGUUUCUGCCAGUUACUUCUACUUGCCUUUCAUAUGCUGCAGCUUUUUCUUUUCAGGUUUCAAGCAACAUAAGGGGCUGAAAAUAAGAGGUGUUAGGAAAGCCAUGUUGAAUGGAUAGAAUUCCAUUCACACUUUUCUCAAUCCAAGCCAGUCAAAUAUUUUGUGAAGUAACAUUUUGUUCAAGGGUAUAACAACCACUGUUCAUUUUUGUUUCUUUCCACAUUCACAUAAGUGGCUGUGCUCUAAAUAGGAAACAAAUGUUUCUAAUAGUACUGCCUACUUCUUUGGACACAUUCCAUGCUUUUGAAAGCCACUAGGCUUUCAGAAGCAAGAAAACAUCAAUCAAUAGGUCAUUUAGGGAAAUGGAUAACAUGCUUUGGGGACAAAUUAUCUUUCUGACUUGCAAAUCUUUCUUCUUGUGGACAUGUGGGAAUCCAACAACUUCUGUAGUAACCAGUUAAUGGUCCCUUCCAUCAGUUUCUGUUUGCAAGAGGAAACACAUUCCAAAUGCAGAUUGUGGUAUUUAUACUAUUCAAGCCUGUAUUAUAUUCAGAAUUUACACUUAUGUAUAUAUUUCUGCAUACCUUAGAAAACAAAAAUGCCUUCUGUCUUCAGAUCACAAUCAAGAUAUUUCAUCUUUAUUUUGACUAGUCUUUUUAGCUUUUUACACUAAGACACUAAACUGUGAGUCUUGAGUAAUUCAAGGGAGCCCAUUUAGUAAUGGGCGAAAGAAUUGCUAAAAAAUUAAAACUAUAUUUGCAAGUCCACAAAUUAUAUUUGAUAAGAUUCACAUGUUUUAGCUAAACAAUAUUUAUAAAAAUGUUUUUAUACUUUACAAAGUUUGAAUUGUUAUUUCUUUCUUGCUUAGUUGUGCAAAUAAACUUUUAUUAAACCUGA